AUGAUAUCAGACGAUAUAAGUGGCGGAACGGAAUGCUUCCCAAUCCCGGCUGUCAACAACUACGAUGACAAGCCUUUGCCCGAGUUCACCUACAUAACGAGCUCAAUAUACGAGGCAGAAUCAGAUCGAAUGUAUCAAAAGACAGAAGCAGGGCAUAAGACUAUAGUGCAUCACCUGCUCUUUGAUGAUGAAGGCCGAUUUAAUGAGAAAGCACUUCGAACUCAACUGAAAAUACAGGUAAGGGUCAAGCUUGUGUUAGUCAACAGAUUAAGGUUCGCUUCUUCUAAUUAUGUUUUUACUAGUUUUUGGAUACAUAAUUGGUCUUUUUCAGGUAUACUGUAAAGCGGAACAGUUUUGGGGCGUGAGGACAUUGCAAACGAUUCCCCGAGGCCAUAUAAUUGGAGAUUAUGUCGGGGAAGUGACUCGGAACAGAGUGGACGACACCGUGGACAGUUAUAUCUUUGGCAUAUCAGAGGGCGAGGAUGAGUGGUUUGUGAAUGCCUACAGGAAAGGCAACUUCACCCGCUUUAUUAACCAUUCGUGCAACUGGAACACUGAUUCUUUGCUCUUUUCGGUCGACGGAAGGAUACGAGUCAUCCUCUACACUAAUCGCGACAUUAGGAUGAACGAGGAGAUUACUAUCGACUACGGACAGGAAUGGUGGCAGCACAACUACGCCCUCAAGUGCCUAUGUAAGCAAAGUAAUUGCGACUACAAUAAACGUUAG